UUGGAGAACAUGGCCACUUCUGCAGUGAGGACGUUCCCAGUUGCCCUGUGGACACCAACCUCGGCUCCCUGGCUGGGAGGAAACACCACGGCGGUGGUGGAGGCGAAGUGCGUCUUCGACGAGGAGUUCAAGUUCAUCCUGCUGCCCAUCUCCUACAGCAUCGUCUUCGUGGUGGGGCUGCCCCUCAAUGCCUGGGCCCUGUGGAUGUUCAUCUCCAAAAUGAGGCCCUGGAACGCCACCACCACCUACAUGUUCAACCUGGCCGUCUCCGACACGCUCUACGUCCUCUCCCUGCCCACCCUGGUCUACUAUUACGCCGACCGCAACAACUGGCCCUUCGGGACCUGGUUCUGCAAGAUCGUGCGCUUCCUCUUCUACGCCAACCUCUACAGCAGCAUCCUCUUCCUCACCUGCAUCAGCGUCCACCGCUACAUGGGCAUCUGCCACCCCAUCCGCUCCCUGAAGUGGGUGAAGACCAAGCAGGCCCGCAUCGUCUGCGUGGCCGUCUGGCUCGUCGUCACCGUCUGCCUCGUCCCCAACCUCAUCUUCGUCACCACCAGCUCCAAGGGCAACAGCACCCUGUGCCACGACACCACCAAGCCCCAGGAUUUCGACCACUACGUGCACUACAGCUCGGCCGUCAUGGCCCUGCUCUUCGGGCUCCCCUUCCUGGUGAUCGUCGUGUGCUACUGCCUGAUGGCCAAGAGGCUGUGCAAGCCCGGCGUCUCCAGCCCCGGCCCCCGCAUGCCCUCCUACAAGCAGCGCUCCAUCAAGAUGAUCGUCGUCGUGCUCGCCGUCUUCGCCCUCUGCUUCGUGCCCUUCCACGUCACCCGGACCCUGUACUACACCUCCCGCUACUUCCAAGCCGACUGCCAGACCCUCAACAUCAUCAACUUCACCUACAAGAUCACUCGGCCCCUGGCCAGCAUCAACAGCUGCCUCGACCCCAUCCUGUACUUCAUGGCUGGGGACAAGUUCCGGGGGCGGCUACGCCGGGGGCCGCUCCGGCGCCUCCGGCCCGCGCCCGCAAGCGACCUGUCCUUGGUGUCCCCCUCCAUGGACAACCUCAUGGGUAGCAGCCACGCUGCUAGCGACGCCCGAGGGACAGGGACAGCGCAGAGCAGAGGCUGAUGCUGAGGGGCCAGAGGGGGUUCCAGUAACCUCACCUCUAGUCUCCAUGAGUCACAGCCCCUCUGGACUCCAUGGGGGCACCCUGGCACCCCCAGGUCCCUAAACCUGACCUGUCCUUGCAUAGCUUCUGUGGGGCAGAGACCACAGGGCUGAGGGCCGGUGGACAUUGGGCUUGUCCCAGCCCUGCCCUGCGAUGCUGUGGGAGGAGGUUGACAGGACAGGCACCAGGCACCCAUGAGAGUGGGAAGGGUGCUGAGAAAGCCAUUUUGGGGAGGCAAGCUGGCGUCCCAGCCUGGGGCACUGCUGGGGACAGAUGUGGGGAUGACAGGUCACUAAAGAGAAGUGACACUGGUUCCUUAGUGACACUGCUUCCUUAGUGACACUGGUUCCUUCCUGGGUGCACGCAGCCCUUUCAGUCUGCUUGACAGCAAUAUGGG